UGCUGUUGUCAUAGUGACCAGGGCGGGGUAAUAACGCUCGCCACUGCUGAGCGGCGGGAACUCAGUGUCCUCAGUACUGACCGCGCUCAUACUGACGGAGAAUAGCGGCCAUGGCGGGAACCCAGCAGCGAGCCCCGGACUCACAGCCGGGGGAUGCACACCCAGAAGUUGAUUUCACAGAUAUACUACUUAAUGUCGGCGGUUGGCUUUUCUCCAUUCCCAAGAUUACGCUGGCUCAGUUCUGUGAAUCCGUACUGUGGAAACAGGCCUGUACCUUCACUCAAUCCAACGACACAAAGAUCUUCAUAGACCGGGAUGGCUUCGUCUUUAGAAACAUCCAUCAAUUCUUUCUCACAUCACAGCUCCCGUUAUCUAGCUUGUCGGAUCUGGGAUUGUUGUAUGAACAAGUGAGAGGGUUACACCUGCAGUCAGUUAUUGAGGCUGCAGAUAAGUUACAGGCAGGGGAGCCCCAGCUGUGCGAUCUGGCAGCAGAUAUACCCAUCACUGAGAAAGCAUCCAUCUACUACUGGAAGACUCGUAAAUGUAGCAGCAGACUGUCCGAAUUCCCAAUAAAACGUUCACUCUUCCCAGGGCUACACGACAAGCUCCCGCUUGCGCUCUUAGACUCUCCGCUUAUCGACACUGAAGAGGAGGUGCUUUAUUGCUUCUUUCCAAUACACGUGCUGGAGAAGUAUCCGUCACUGGUCACAGAUGACGGCUUGCUGUGGUUCUCCGACAGUUUCAUAUUGAUAGAAUGCGGAUGUGACGAAUUCAGAUUCAUAGGAAACUUUCUUCUUACUGGGAAGUUUUUGUUGCCGGAGAAUUUCUCAAAGUUUGAGGAUUUGGAAGCAGAAAUUAAAUCGCUGGGAAUUCCAGGCGUCCUACAGGCGCUCCGAAGUGAAAAAAAGAAAUCCUUAGGAAAUCACAGCUACAGAAAAACAGGCAUACCGGUGAGCUCAUCCUCCAGUAACUGUGUGACUGGAGAUAAGCUAGAAAAGCCUCUGUACACGAUGGCCCUGGAGCUGCUAGCCAAGUACCCAGACUCCGCACUAGGACAGCUGAGCAUAGAGAGCAGUGUAACGGGCAGUAAGCUGUAUAUCACUGGCACCGGGACCCUCUUCCAGCAUGUCAAGAAUUGGUUGGGAACCUGCAGACUUCCGCUGACCUGCAGCCCUUUGGAGAUUCAUGGUUUAUGUACGUACCUGGACAAAGGUGAUAUUAUAUACCAGCCAAUGAGAGAAGCGGUGAGAUCUUACCUAAAGUGCAGGACAGGUGUCGGCCUUGGAAGAGUGUGUAAUAACUGGACAGCUAAUGUACAAGAGUUCCGUUCGCAGCAGAUUGUCAGGGUCUAUGUUGGCACCCACUGGUAUGCCACGCACUUGAAAACUCUGCUUAAGUAUCCUGAGCUGCUGGAUAACCCCAGGAAGACACGCUGGAUCUCUUUUGGAUUUGCCUUAUUGGUGAAUGGAGAUGGACAGAUGUUCCGGCACAUCCUCAACUUCCUUAGACUUGGCAGCCUCCUCCUGCCCUCUGCAUUCACAGAAUGGAGACUCCUCUGUCAGGAAGUGAAUGAGUUUAAUAUCCCGUCUCUGGAGGAAGCGCUGCAGGAGUGCCAGGCAUACAGAUUAUGGCUAGAAAAGCGCGUGCCCACCGGGUGUUCAGAAGACCCCAAGCCUAAGCUUCAUCAAGCCAGCACCAAGAGCUCUGCCUGUGACCAACGCCACAGAAUACAUGUCUCUUCUCCCGGACCAAGUGGUGGGGACGCCCUGAAGCUGCACUCUGUGCUGCGGCACAGUCCAGUACAUAAGGGGGCGAUGCAGCAGGCUAUUCCUGUAUACAAGGACCCCAAGCAAUGCCUGCAUUCUGCACACGAGGAAGAAAAGGCCACAGCGACAACAUGCAAAGGUCCCAGAAAUGAUGAUGGAACAGCGUUACCUAAAGGAUAUGUCUGGCUAGCCAUGGAAAGGGGAGGACCAGAUGAUCUCGGUGCUAUUCUCUGGGUCCAUCAUCACCACCUAGUGGCCAAUGAUGGCAGUGCAGCUUCCUUUCAAGAAAGCAUUCUAUAUACUAGAGAGUAUAAUAUCCCAGAGGCUGCUGAUUGCGCAGCUGCACCAAAUGAUCUAGUUUUUCUUAGUGUUAAUAUGACGUAUGAGGAGAUAUUUUAUGCCAGGAACUGUCACUCCUUUCUGACCGGCGUGAUCUUGGACUCCAUACAACAGGGGGACCCUGUGUCCAGGACUUGCUAUGUGAUGAGUCUUGUGAGCAUGCUGUGGGAUUUUCAGCUUCCUACCAGACAGUUUGUAGAUGACUUACUGACCCUGGAGUCUUACAGAGAUGAGAAAAGGACGAGGGAGAAGUUACUGUGCUGGCUGGAGCUGACUCUGCCAUGUGCAAGAAAAUUCAGCCAGUGCAUUAAGAUGAUGCUACAGAAAGGGGGUCACCGGGCGGUAUCCUGUCCUGCCGUCAUGACCGGUAGCUAAAAAUUGUUCUGUUUUGUUUCUCAGUCCAUAAAAUCUGAUGCCGGGGUUCCAGAUUAUCAGGGGGUAAUUUAAGACUUGAUCUGAUAGGUUUAGAUGUUAUUUUAUUGUACUAAAUGUAACUAUAAUAUGUUAAUAAACAACAUUUCUGCUAAA